CCGAUACGAGCCAUUUCGAAAACCCUCGUGGCACCGUCGUCGUUGGGUACAGAUCAAGCGAAAGAAGCAAAGUGAAGAAGCUUAGCAACAAUGUCGUGGAUGAAAGGUGAUCUGCUUUCCAAAACCAGGAGGCUUGUUGGUGGUUUGGCUACACGUGAGCCUGUGUGGCUUAAAGCCAUGGAAGCUUCACCUCCUCCUGUGUUUCCUCGCUCUAAUGGGAAAAUCAAGAAGAUUGUUCUCCCUGAGGAUGUUUAUGUUCGUAAAUUCGCCAAUAAGCAUCCUGGAACCAAGGUUGACGACCCUGUCAAGAUUUCGGCGUUUGUUCCAGAUCCAGCUCGUGUCUAUGGUUGCCGGGUGCUUGAACUGAAGGAACAUGGAAUUAAUGAGGAUGAUGCCAUGUCUGUAGCUAAUAUGGAAUAUCUCUCAGAGAGAAAGGAAAUGAAGAAAGCAUACAAACGUUUAAAGGAGCUUGCGAAAAUGCAAGAUAAGGAUCCACCUCCUAAACCGUAUCCUAGUUCCAAGAAAGGGUUAAUGACUCAACAGAAGAAAUCCGCUAAGGCUCGGUUCGAGACUCCUAGCGUUCGCAGGCUAGUUAACCAGUUGAAAACUGAGAAAGAUGUGUUGCUGCAGGACAAAACCGGAGGAAGUGCUAAUCUGGAUAAUUGGAUUGAAGAAUAAAUUCUCCCAUCAUCUUUAUGCAACAAACUCUUCAUCCAAUUUCUCUUUGUAGAACUUUCUUUUUCAUAUAUGACAUUCGUUAACUACAAAUGUUUUCGAAACAAAACAAGUUUUAUUUCCAUUUGACUGUCUUUGUAAUAAUUUUUUUUGAUGUUUUCUUCCA